AUGGACAACUUGUUAUAUAACGUUCAACGUCAAGGGAAAAUAUCCUUCUAUUACGGAGAAGAGGCAACGAUCAUCGGCUCUGCUGCUGCUCUAGCCCCAGACGACGAAGUUCUGGGUCAAUAUCGUGAAAUGGGUGUACUUCUCUGGCGUGGCUGGGGCAUCGACGCCGCCAUGUCUCAGUGUUUUGGCAACGAGGAAGAUUUCUCUAGCAAGGGUAAACAGAUGCCAGUACAUUGGGGCUCUCCCGAAUACCACUUCCAUACCAUAUCUUCACCUCUGGCUACACAGAUACCGCAAGCGGCUGGCGUUGCCUACGCCCUCCGCCGCGAUCCCCGACGUCGGGGAAAGAAUUGCGCCGUCGUCUACUUCGGCGAGGGCGCGGCUUCUGAAGGCGAUUUCCACGCCGGAAUGUUAUUCGCAUCGACCCUGCCAUCUCCGACGCUAUUCAUCGCGCGAAAUAACGGCUUUGCGAUCUCUACACCCUCAACAGAGCAGUACUAUGGCGACGGUAUUGCAGCACGGGGACCUGCGUACGGCAUGGACACCAUCCGGGUUGAUGGGAAUGACGUUCUUGCUGUAUUGAGCGCUACUAGAGAAGCGAGGCGACGCUGCGUUGAGAGCGGACGAGGUGUUCUCAUCGAAGCUAUGACCUAUCGUGUCGGCCACCACUCCACUUCCGACGAUUCUUUUGCGUAUCGGGCAAGGCAGGAAGUCGAGGACCGAAAGCGGAUAGAUAAUCCCAUAUCGCGCUUCCGCCUGUUUUUGCAGACUCGCGGCUGGUGGUCCGGCGACGACGAAGAAGAACUCAAAGCGAGGUUGAAGAAAGACAUAAUGCAGGCUUUCAAACGUGCUGAAGGGCUAAAGCGACAUGAACUCAAGGAGAUGUUCACUGAUGUGUAUGGCGGUGAGGAACCUUGGAAUAUUGUAAGAUCUUAUACAUUUGUGCCUCGCAAGGAACAAAGACAGGAACUUGCAGGGUUGCUCAAGAAGUAUGGGCAGACGUGGGAGCCGUGGCGGUCGGAAUUAAGAAAGUUCAAGGGCAAUGGCGAAGAACUCACACGAGACCAUGGAAAGAUCGAAUGA